UCGGCUGACUUUUGCUUUCUUGCUUGACUUGGUUUGGUUGGGUAGGUAUUUGGUGUCAGUCCGAAUGAAUGUGUGUUUCUGUGUGAUGGAUUUUCAAUUUGGUUGGUGCGUGGCGUGGCGAUGGUGUGGUGUGUGACUUUAGAAUAACUUAUCAAAAAAGACUGCCGUAAAUGAGUACUUAAGUGAUACGUGUAUAAAGUGGAAUAGUUAAUACAAAUAAAGUUUGUGAUUUUCAUGGCAAAUAGUGAAUAAAACUGUAUACUUUGUGCCUUCUUCACAAUUUGUGACAAUGUCUUACAAUUCCACGCUUGACUACUACUGCGGGACAACAUUCUGGGACGCCAACCUUACCUGGUAUACGGAGAACCCAGAGUUCACACCAUGUUUCCACAAAACGGUCCUCGUAUGGAUCCCAUGCUUUUACCUGUGGGCGGCAUCGUUACUGGACAUCUACUAUAUCGUGAACAGCAAGGAGAGGAACAUACCGUGGAACAUGUUGAACAUCAGCAAGCUGGUGAUCACGAGUCUGCUGAUCGUGGUCACGUGUGUGGACCUGGGAGUCGCCGUUCACCACUCCACCGGGGAGCAGGGGGAGUUUGACGUUUACAACGCCGAUUAUUACGGUCCAGUUCUCAAGAUUAGCACUUUUGCUCUAUCGGCAACGUUGAUGUUUUACAAUAGAAAAUUUGGAUUAAGAGCGUCAGGGGUACUGUUCUUCUUUUGGUUGCUCCUGAUCCUGGCCGGGUUACCCCAGCUUCGGUACGAGAUAACACGCCAUUACUCGCAGGACGACGACGAGAACAUAAGAUAUCAUUUCGUCAGCUACAUGGUGUAUUAUCCGUUGAUAAUAAUUAUGUUUUUACUCAAUUGCUUCGCCGAUUUACCUCCGAAGGAUACUCCUUACAAAUACGAAAAGAACCCGUGUCCAGAAAGCGCUGCCGGUUUCCCGAGCCGGCUGACGUUCAGCUGGUUCGAUCCCCUGGCCCUGACCGGGUUCCGCCGCAGUCUCACCGAGCACGAUCUCUGGGCGCUGAACCCACAGGACUCCACCACCGAGGUGGUGCCGCGUUUCGACAAGUUCUGGGAGAAGUCUUUGAGAAAAAGCUCCAACAGCAACGGUGCCAAAGCCACCUACAGCAAGACCUCGGCCAGCGUCAAUUUCAAGCCGGAGGCGGACAAGAAGCCGGCGUCCAUAUUGCCGGCUCUGUGUCUCGCGUUCGGCGGUCAGUUCCUGUUUGGAGCGCUAUUGAAGUUGAUCAACGACGUUCUUAUGUUCCUGUCGCCGCAAAUUUUGAAACUCCUCAUAGGUUUCGUUGAGAGCAAAGAGGAACUAUGGAAAGGCUAUCUGUACGCUGUUGGUCUACUGGCCUGCGCUUCUGUACAGACGCUGCUGCUGGCCCACUAUUUCACGAGGAUGUAUCUCGUGGGUAUGAGGAUACGGACGGCCCUCACCAGCGCCAUCUACAGGAAGUCCCUGAGGAUGUCCAACGCCGCGAGGAAGGAGUCCACAGUAGGGGAGAUCGUCAAUUUAAUGUCCGUGGACGCUCAUAGAUUCCUCGACCUGACCGCGUAUCUGAACAUGAUAUGGUCGGCUCCCCUCCAAAUCGCGCUGGCGCUGUACUUCCUGUGGGGCAUCCUGGGGCCGUCAGUCCUCGCCGGGCUGGCGGUGAUGAUCAUCCUGAUACCGGUGAACGGGCUGAUAGCCAACAGGGUGAAGACUUUGCAGAUCAAACAGAUGAAAUAUAAAGAUGAACGUGUGAAGCUGAUGAACGAAGUGCUCAACGGGAUUAAGGUACUCAAAAUGUACGCCUGGGAGCCGAGUUUCGAAGACCAAGUACUUAAAAUAAGGAACAAGGAAAUGAACGUGUUGAAACAAACUGCCUAUCUGAACUCCGCCACUUCAUUCAUAUGGUCGUGCGCACCGUUCUUGGUUACCUUCCUUACAUUCCUCACAUUCGUGGUCAUCGACCCAGAAAAGAACCAACUGACAGCCACCAACAUUUUUGUAUCGAUGUCACUGUUUUACACUAUACACCUGCCUCUAGGCCUCCUCCCCCUCAUCAUAGUGUCAGUGAUCGAGACAGCCGUGGGUAUUAAACGGUUGAAUAAGUUCAUGAAUUGCGAUGAAUUGGACGACAGCGCGGUGGAGCACGAUCCAAAAGAACCGAACCCACUUGUGAUAGAACACGGCCACUUCUCAUGGGGCACAGAAGCUGAGCCCACGCUGAAGAACAUCAAUGUGGAAAUCCCCAAGGGGUCGCUGGUGGCCGUGGUGGGCGCGGUGGGCUCUGGAAAGAGUUCACUGCUGUCUGCUCUGCUUGGGGAGAUGAACAAGAUCUCUGGCAGGGUUAAUACUCACGGUACCGUUGCGUACGUGCCCCAACAAGCUUGGAUCCAAAACGCGACGUUACAAGACAACAUAUUGUUUGGCAAACCUUUGGACAGUCACAAGUAUGAAAAUGUGAUUAACGUGUGCGCGCUCAAGACUGAUUUCGAUAUGUUGCCGGGCGGAGACCAAACGGAAAUUGGAGAGAAAGGUAUCAACUUGUCGGGCGGUCAGAAACAGCGAGUGUCUUUGGCGCGCGCCGUGUAUUACGACGCGGACAACUACUACCUCGACGACCCGCUCAGCGCCGUGGACUCUCACGUGGGGAAGCAUAUAUUUGAUAAGCUGAUCGGCCCCAGCGGGCUGCUGAAGAACAAGACCCGCGUGUGGGUGACCCACAACGUGUCGUACCUGGCGCAGACCGACCUGGUGCUGGUGCUGAAGGCCGGCCAGGUGUCGGAGGCGGGCUCGUACCAGCAGCUGCUGGAGAAGAAGGGCGCCUUCGCCGACUUCCUGCUGCACCACCUCAGCGACGCGGAGAGGACCUCGCCCGAAGAACUGGACGAGCUGAAGCAGGACCUGGAGAGCAAGCUGGGCUCGGAGUUCCAGAACAAGCUGCAGCGCGCGCGCUCGCUCUCGGAGAGCAACUCGGAAUCGGACGCCGCCGGAGACCGCCGGGAGAGCAUGAAGAAACGCACGCCCGAGCCCACGCCCAACGAGCUGAAGGAGAAGAACAAACUGAUUGAAGCCGAGAAGACGGAGACCGGGAGUGUGAAAUGGGGCGUGUACAAACACUACCUGAUGAGCGUGGGCGUGGUGGCGUCCGCCGUCACCGUGCUCAUGAACCUCGUGCUGCAGCUGUUCCAGGUCGGCUCCAACUACUGGCUGGCGCGCUGGUCCAACGACCGCCUCAUGUUGGUGAACAACACUGUGGACACGGCGAGACGAGACAUGUAUUUGGGCGUGUACGGCGCACUGGGCGUCGGGCAAGUGGUGUCGGUGUCGGUGUCGUCGCUGGCGCUGUACCUGGGCGCGCUGCUGGCGGCGCGCGCGCUGCACGCGGCGCUGCUGGCGGGCGUGCUGCGCGCGCCCAGCAUCGGCUUCUUCGACUGCACGCCGCUCGGCCGCCUGCUCAACCGGUUCAGCAAGGACGUGGACGUGCUGGACAACGUGCUGCCCAUGACGCUGCGCGGGUGGACGUCGUGCUUCUUCGCGGUACUAGGAACCCUAUUUGUGAUCAGUUUCUCGACGCCAAUAUUCCUGGCGGUGAUACUGCCGAUCGGCGUGGUGUACUACGUGAUACAGCGGUUCUACGUGGCCACGUCGCGGCAGCUGAAGCGGCUGGAGUCUGUGUCGCGGUCGCCCAUCUACUCCCACUUCAGCGAGAGCAUCACGGGAGCGUCCACCAUCAGGGCGUACGGCGUCACCAGGAGAUUCGUGGAAGAAUCCGAACGCGGCGUGGACCACAACCAAGAGUGCUACUACCCCAGCUGCAUCGCGAACCGUUGGCUGGCGGUGCGGUUGGAGAUGAUAGGCAACCUGAUCAUCUUCUUCUCCGCGGUGUUCGCGGUACUAGGCAGGGACACCAUCAACCCUGGCCUGGUGGGACUGUCUGUCAGUUAUGCGCUACAGAUAACGCAAACACUAAAUUGGUUGGUGCGCAUGACCUCCGAGGUUGAAACCAAUAUUGUCGCCGUCGAGAGGAUCAAGGAAUACGCUGAAACGAAGCAGGAGGCGCCAUGGACAAUCGGCGCGGGCCCGGGUCCGUCGUGGCCGUCCUCCGGAGCGCUGCAGCUGGAGCGGCUGACGCUGGGGUACCGCUCCGGGGAGCCGGCGCUGCGCGACGUCACGUGCGCGGUGGCGCCCGGCGACAAGCUGGGCAUCGUGGGCCGCACCGGCGCCGGGAAGUCUACCCUCACUCUGGGGCUGUUCAGGAUAGUAGAAGCGAUGAGUGGCAAGAUCUUAAUCGAUGGCAUUGACAUCUCUACCCUGGGUCUUCACCAGCUGCGCUCGCGCAUCACCAUCAUCCCGCAGGACCCCGUGCUGUUCUCCGGGACCCUCAGAAUGAACCUAGACCCAUUUGAGGUCUACACCGAUGAAGAGAUCUGGAGAUCUCUAGAGCAUGCCCAUUUGAAGGACUUUGUACAAGGGCUGCCGGCGGGGCUGCGGCACGCGGUGGCGGAGGGCGGCGAGAACCUGUCGGUGGGGCAGCGCCAGCUGGCGUGCCUGGCGCGCGCGCUGCUGCGCAAGACGCCGCUGCUGGUGCUGGACGAGGCCACCGCCGCCGUCGACCUGGAGACCGACGACCUCAUACAGAAAACAAUCCGGUCCGAGUUCGCGAGCUGUACAGUGCUGACGAUAGCCCACCGCCUCAACACCAUCAUGGACUCCACGCGCGUGAUGGUGCUGGACCGCGGGCAGCUGGUGGAGUUCGCGCCGCCCGACCAGCUGUUGCAGGACAGGAACUCCGUCUUCUACGGCAUGGCCAAGGACGCGGGACUCGUCAAUUGAGUAAGGGAUGUUGCGGAGGUCUGCAAGGAAACUUGGUCUGUUUGUGUGUAUUCAGAUGUUUUUGCAGGCGACUGUACGUGUGUACUAGGAGCCACGGUGUAAAUAACAAUUGCACCGUGAAUAACUUUUUCUAUUAUUUUUUUUUAGUUAAAACAAUUUUUUUCUUAUCCAAAAAAAUCCAAGAUCGUAUUUUCUGAAGUUUGUAAUAUGGAGUUUGGCGUCAUGCUCUUUCGUGAUAGGUGACACGGAAAAGAAGUACCGGCGUGGGAGUUGAGCUGUGAGCGUGUUCAAUCGUGUCAAUCGACGCGAAGCUAAAAAAAGCCGCCAUUUUGAAAAAUUUAAAUAAAAUAAUAUCUUAUAAAUGUGAUAUUGUCAUUAUGAUUUAUAAAUUGUGCUUCAAAUUGUUUAUACAUACUUUAUAAUUUUGUUUAAAACCAAUUUAUAAAAUUAACCCGAGUUGGUUAUAUUCCGGUUCAAUACGAUGGUAUGCUAUUUACCUGGUAGGUACUUUUUACCUUAGAUACUGAAGAUUGUAUACAUUUAUAUGUGGCCCACUAUACAUUGCAGGGACAUAAAAUAUGUAUGCGUGUAAGUUUUGUUUUUUUUUUCCGUCACUACGAAAUGUUGCAAAACGUUGUUUUGUUGUAAUAUUGUCAAAGUGAUAAUCAUUUUCUAGAUAGAAGAUAUACCCCAAAAGUAGUAAGGUUCGAAACUAGCUCGCGACAAAUGCGUUUCUCUUAUUUAUAUAGUUUUGUAAUAAAACAGCGAAGGCUUUUGAUGUGAUUUUAAACAACUUCUAAAUCGGACCAAGUUCUUAAUGCAUGGUCUGAGUCCCAAAUCAUCUGUUUUGUUUUGUUUUCGUAAACUGUCACAAGGAAAAUACACUACCCUACGCUCAAUGAACACGUCAAGCCUUUUAACUGUAAAGGAAUCUUUACAAAUAAAGCUUUUGCACGGGGCGCCUAAAAUAUUUUUUUCAUAAGUUAUUUUUUUAGUAACUCAUGCUUUACCAAUUUUCAUGUAAAAAAAAAACAUUUUGUGGAAAAAAUGUUACUUUAAUUUGCGCUCUCGAAAUUAUUUCAAUAAGAUCUACUUGAAGAAAACGCAGAAGAUCACAUUUUUAAUUUUCAAUCUCAUUUUUUAUCUUUGGACGAAUGUAUGAUUGAAUAAAUAUUAGAUAUUCCUUAGGUACUUAACAUCAAAAUAUAUUUAUAAAACGGUGACCUACUUAAUAACAAUCACAAGAACAAUAUUGUAUCAAUUGUGUAGUUAGUCACAUUAUGUGCACAUUCUCAUACAGGGUUAUGAUAUGUUUUGUUUUACUACAAUUAAAAUAAUCUUGCUACAUCACAAUGAUAUCACACCAACGCCGCGCCUAUCAGAAUGCUAACAGGCAAAUAUUUAUUUUUUGUUUUUUAUUAUUUCCGACCGCCAUACAAAACGUAUUAUUUUCUCGAAUUUAGAUAACAUGAAUUUAGUAAGUAAUUAAUAGAAGUUAAUUAGACUGCACUAGAAUGAAGUUAAACAGUUGUGUAUUUGCGUGAAAUACUCGUUGUUACAGUUUUCAAAUUUUAUAACGAAAGCAUGGAGAUGCGAGUUACCAUUAAACUUAGAAAGCUAUUGAUAAUUGUAAUGAAAUUGCGAAAGUUACUGUGAACCAGUUUUUUUUUUUUUUUUUGUAGAAAUAUACCGUCAAGCUUAGAGAAUUAUGUACUUAAAUUGGCACUUAGAAUUUUUAAGUUUUAUUUUGAGGGUUCUUAAAAAGUAAAUAAGUACUUACGAUUUUUAUGUGUUGUAGUUUAUUUGGUGCCUUUAUUUUACUAACCUCUAAUAAAAAGUUAGCACACCGUGUAACUUGGAAAGCUUUCAUAUCUAUUUGUUAUUUACAGUAUAAAUAUGUAUAUUGUAUAUACUUAUAGACAAGUGUACAGUUUUAUUAUUUUGUGAACAAUUUUAAUAGUAAGUAUCUAUUUAAAACUAUUUCUCACUAUUUGUGCCUAGACAGAUUAGAUUCGAUUUACUGUCAAUUUAACUUAAGUACAGUGCAGCAAUAAAAUGUGAUAACGUAAUGCAAUCCUUGUAAAUGUUUUAUACAUAAUGUUAGUAAUAUUACAUACAUGUAUUUGGAACUAUUACUGAGCUAGAAUGUUUGUUUGUUCGUUAUCUAGCCACCACUGCCUUGUUAGCGCCAAGUUGUCACUUAGGAGAAAUGUCAGCUAAGGUUCUAAUUAUCACAACUCGAUAUUUUUUACACAUCGUAAUUUCUGGAUAAUUAUCCCUUUAAAUAUUUUUUUACUACUAUUUUAAUUAUAUAUGUAGUGUUAACGCUGGGACAUGUUUGUUUUUAUUAUAUGAUACUCAAUUGACAAUUUAUUCUGCAUUAAUUAAAAAUGAGGUUACAGUUCAUGUUUUUUUUUUCAUAGAAAUUUAUUCCUGCUCAAUGUUGUGUAAAUUUUGUGAAUAACAUGUUAACUUUGUAAUGCAUAUUUUUGUAUGUUUUUCCUUUAUGUAUAUAAAGGAAGAUGAGAAGCAGGAAGAAAUUUCGUUUUAUAAAGCUUGAUCUAAAUAUAAUUUUCUCAUAAAACCCAGUCGGGCGAGACGUUCGCAUCAUACAAAUGUACGUACAGUUUUAUAAAAUUACUUUUGUAAUAUUUUUAUACCUCAUAAGGUUGUAUUGUAAUUAACAUAUUUCGCUACAAAUUGUGUAAUCUACAAACCAUAUGUAACGUGUGCAUUUAAUUAUAUUUUAGGCGGAAAUGCGUACUUAGCCAUAGUCCAUCAUUUGUGAUGAGAUUUCUUGCCUGCAUUUUGAAGUGUUCAGUAUGAACUGUGUUAUAUCGCGUAUUCAGUGCACAGUCUCGAAUGUGUAUGGUGAAUACCCAGUGAAUGUUUUGUACCAAGUGACAUGUGUUAAAUUAGCAGUAAUUAAUGUUAAAAUUACCAAUUGUAAUGGAAAUUAAAAUAGGUAAACUUUA